ACUGCCCAUUUUCAAAUCGGAUCGGAUCGGAUCGUAUCGAAUUGAGUCUACCACCAUCAGUCCGCCACCACUCUCAGUUAUUUCUGGAACUUCGCGCAAUGCACUUCAAUGCUACGGUUUGUGGUGGCGCCGUCAAGUGAUAUAGUAUACACGGUUGCUUUUGCUUUACAACAAAUGCGCAAGUAAUAAGAAAAAUAUCGAUAUACAUAGAAAAAUUGAAAAAUAAUAAUAAAAAAAUAAUAUUAAUAACAAUAACAAGAAACUAGUGUAGCAAAAAACCGCGUUGUGGUGUAGCCAGUGCGUCGGGGAUUUGGAAAUCUUACCGCCGUUAUGCGCAAAUUGCGGUUUUUUGUAUUUUAAAAGAAAAUGUAGACGACGCAAAUAAUAAUAGUUUUUUAUAUCAACAACCUAAAAAAGAACAUAAAAUAUUAGCGUUAAAACAUAAAUAAAAGUACAUAAAUACAUAUGUAUAUAUGUACAUAUGUACAUACUAAAUAGCAUAUACGUAAAGUUGAGCACACGACUGCAAUAAAUCAAAUCGAAUCCUGCAAACAAAUGCCAUAAAACUGUUAAUUUUAAUUUUUUGUGCAAAAAAGCAAGUGAAAUCUGCAAAAGAUCAACGAAACACUUUGCCAUACAUAAAUAUAUACAUACACACACAAGCGCAGAUCAGCACCCACCGUUUCGCACAAUACAUAAUGCCUGCAGACAAAUCAAUGCGUCAGCGUCUGAGAUGUGCCACCACGACCACCACCACCCGCAGCCGCAAUGCCACUUGCCUACAUCCAUUCGAAGCACUACAUCGGCUGUUUUGCUCAUUAUUGCUGAUGCCCUUAUUGGUGUUGCUCCUCCUAAGUCAGCUAAGCAUAGAUAUAGACAACAGUUUGCUGAGUGGGCGUGGUGGUCUACGCAUGCUGGUUGCAGCUAGUCAAUCGGGUAUUUACAUCGAUAACGGCGUCGAUCAGACGAUAAUGCAUCGCGCCUUGGACGAAGAUGAUAAAAUGAAUGUGUCCUACGAGAUUUUGGAGUUUUUGGGUUUAGCGGAGCGACCAAGACGAAAGCAUGGACAUUUGUCGCUGAGAAAAUCGGCGCCACAAUUUCUGCUCGAUGUUUAUCAUCGUUUAACCGAAGAGGAGAAUAGCGAAGCGCCCUCCCGUGCUAAGCGUGAUCUCGAAGAACAAGAGAAUUUCAUAACAGAUUUGGACAAGCAAGCAAUCGAUCAGAGUGACAUUAUAAUGACGUUUCUCAAUAAAAACCACCAUGUCGACGAAGUGCGUCACGAGCAUGGUCGACGUCUUUGGUUUGACGUGUCCGAUGUGCCAAAUGAUAAUUACUUAAUGAUGGCCGAGUUGCGUAUAUAUCAGAACCCCGCGCAAGGCAAAUGGUUGACCAGCGGCAGAGAGUUCACCAUCAGCGUCUAUUCGAUUGUCAAUAUGGAGGGACAACGGGAAUUGGAAGUGCUCUCCUCGGUAAAUACGACCUCCGACUAUCAGGGUUGGUUGGAAUUGAAUGUUACACAAGGUCUGGAUAUAUGGUUACAUGAUCAUAAGAGCAAUAAGGGGCUUUAUAUCGGAGCGCAUGCGGUGAAUAAGCCGGAACGUGAGGUGAAACUGGAUGACAUUGGUUUGGUGCAUCCGAAGGGCGAUGAUGAGUAUCAGCCUUUCAUGAUUGGUUUCUUCCGCGGUCCAGAGCUGAUUAAGUCCACCAAUCACCACAGCCGCAAGAAGCGAAACACACCACAUGUGCGUCGUCGUAAGAAGUCCGAAAUGAUUAAUCCCUUCCUUGAUGGUACCGUUGAAAAUAUGCGAAGUUGCCAAAUACAGACGCUCUACAUUGAUUUCAAGGACUUGGGUUGGAAUGAUUGGAUCAUUGCGCCAGAGGGUUAUGGCGCCUUCUACUGCAGCGGUGAAUGCAAUUUCCCACUCAAUGCUCACAUGAAUGCGACCAAUCAUGCCAUUGUCCAGACUUUGGUGCAUUUGUUGGAGCCGAAGAAGGUGCCGAAGCCUUGCUGUGCGCCCACACGUUUAGGUGCUCUACCCGUCCUAUAUCACUUGAACGAGGAGAAUGUUAAUUUAAAGAAAUAUAAAAAUAUGAUUGUGAAGAGCUGUGGAUGUCAUUAGUUAAGAAACAAAUAAGAAAAAAGUAUACAACAAACAAACGAGAUUAAUAAAACCAUAUUAUAUAUAAA